AGACCUCUCUUGGAGAUCCUUAGAUAUAAUGGCGUUAUAGAAUUGUAAUGUACGUUGGGAAGUGUGAGAUACAUUCGCUUCUCAAGAACGAAAACUUAACCUGCAUUUGAAUAUUUUUUCAACAGAAUGUCUGAAGAUAAUAAUUUAUUAUUCGUCAGGGGAAAUGGAACUGAUAAUGAAGGUGAUACUACCUGGGAUGAUACAGCCUUAAUACAAGCAUAUGACAAAGCUGUUAAUUUGGCUAAGGAAAAAGUAGCUAAACGUAUUGCAAAAGAUACACAAGGUUUUCAAGAUUGGCAGCCAAAACAAAAAUCUCAGAACUUCAAAAGUCGAAAUCAAGCAAAAAAACCUUUUAAGAGAUGGACAGUCGGUGCUCCAUGUCGUGCAGUAUAUUCUGUAGAUGGAGAAACUUACGAAGCUAUUAUAACGAAGAUUUAUGAAAAUUCUGGUGUAUGCAUGGUGAAAUUUAUUGGAUAUAAUAAUACCGAGAAAGUGCAAUUGAAUUCUCUUCUAGAAUCUAACGGUCUAGAAAGUCAGAUUGCUCAAAAUCAGAAUGCGAUUGAGGAGAAGGCUGAUCAACAAGCUUGUGAUUUCGAUGCAUCUAAUUAUAAUUCUCAACAGAAUUACAAACAGAGUGGCGAAACGAUGGAUUGCGAUCCAGAAGAUCCCAGGUCAUUUAAAAGUAGCUUUAUGCCACAAUCCUUUAGUUUGCCAAUAGACGGAGUACCACCCGCGCCGCCCUUGCCACCACAGUUAAUGGCCAAAUUACCUGAGAACGACACGGAUGCUUUGUCUAGUAUGCUAAUGUCUUGGUAUAUAAGUGGGUUUCAUACAGGUUAUUAUCAUGGACUAAAACAGGCGAAUCGAAAUAAGCAGAGAAAACAGAACUAUUAAUAGUGUCCCGGCACUUGGUGGAAGGUUUCAUCUCAUGGUUUCAACACCACUUGUAUAUGCGCUAUAUUAAUAUAUAAGUUUGUGUAUGAGGGAAAAAACAAAUACUUUAUAAAUACGUACGAGAAGA